AAGGAAAGGAAGAAGUUGGAAGUAAUUUUAUCUCCUAAACUAUUUCAUAUAUUUAGCGUAUAUUUAUACUUUUCCAUAUUCAAACUACGUGAACCAUUUCAAAGUGCAGUGUUUAUCUUCAUACAUUAUACGGUUUGUAGAGACAUGGAAGAUUCCAGCAAAAAAUCUUGCGACAUCUGUCAGCGUAUGAAUUCAGUUGAACUUGCUACGUCACGAUGUAUUGACUGCUGUGACGACCUAUGUGAGAAAUGCGCCAACAGCCAUCACGCUAACCGUUUGUCUAUGGAACACCGUGUUCUGUCGCUAGAUGAUGCCGAAGCAGACUGUUGUUCUAACAUGACACUUUUUUGUGAAAAACACGCUGAUCGGAAACUAGAGGUUUAUUGUUUUGAUCAUGAGCAGGCUUGUUGUUUACUGUGUGCAACGACAGAGCAUCGAAAAUGCGAGAAGGUUGAAAACUUGGAGGAAUGCGCUAAACAGGCAAGUGAAAAUGAUGAACUAGAGAAAUUGAGCGCAUUGCUUGAAAAUUUGAAAGGAGAAUGCACAGAAGAUACAGCUAGCAUUACUAAAAGUAAAGAAAAAUUUCAGGCUCAAGUUGACGAUGUUCGUUCGCAUAUACAAUCAAUAAAACAGUCAAUGGUAGAAUUUUUGAACGAGAAGGAGGCUGAAUUUAUAGAUCAGCUAAAGUGUGUUGAGAGCGGGAAAAACGCACAAUUUGUGGAAAAGAUCGAAAUGUUAUCUGAUUUUCAAGUAAAUCUUGAUAACGACAUUGAAAAGUUGAAAAAUCCAAACGAUAAAAACAAGAUGUCACUUUUUCUUGCAAUGAAGGAAGUCCAGAAAAAUUACAAAUCCCUUACAGAAAAAUUAGGAGCAGUUCGAUCCAGUUUUAAACAUGUAGAUGUAAAAUUAAAGGACGACACGAUUGUGACAAAAGUUCUUCAAGAACAAAAACCAUUUGGCAAACUUGUUGUGGAGGAAAUGGAUACAAAUUCUAAGACAGAUUAUUUGAAUUCCACUUUAGUUUUGUCUAGUGUCCUGGUUAAGUCUGGAUGCAGAAUGACCGAUAUUGAAGCCAUUAGAGAUGAUCAUGUUCUUGCAAUAUGCGACAAUCACAAUUUAUUGUAUCUCUUCCAUAUCAACGAAUGUUUUGUUGCUUCCUGUAAGUUGUCAGGGAAACCUUGGGCCAUGACAAAAACCGGACAAUUAUCGGUUGCUGUCACCAUUCGCUCUCCCCGUUCAAGCAUAGAAUUUGUUGAUUUGGUCAUGGACAAAAGUCCUUUUCUAUCUUCGACCAAAGUUGUCAAUCUAUCAUUCAAACCUAAUGGAAUUGCUUGUGACAAUGGCAAUCUCAUUGUCUCCUCUACCGAUGGGUUACUCCGACAUAUUGACGAAAACGGAAGCAUUUUACACACCGUAACAGUCAAUAAGGGCUACGUAUAUGGACUUUGUCUUCAUUCUAGACGUAUCAUUUAUUCGCACCAUAUUGAAAAUGGCAAAGUUUAUGUUCUACAUGAUGAUAAAUUAGGUACCCAGGAACUCACAUUCGAACACGAGACUUUGAGCUAUCCUCUAGGAGUUUCUUGUGAUUUUGACGGUAAUAUCUACAUUGUAGGAUGUAGUACCAACAAUGUAUUACAGCUGAACAUGAAUGGUGCGUUUGUGAGGCAGAUCCUUUCCAAAGACAAAGAUGAAGCAAUAGACAAUCCAAUGGCAAUUCGUAUAGCUGUAAUGGGAUCAAAACCGAGGCUUUUACUAACAUGUCAAAACGAAGUCAGACUGUACAGUUUUGAACCUGGUGGAUCGAAGUCUUAAACUGAGGAAAAAUAAAAUUAUGAUGCAAAUUAGCGAACAGAUUCAACAAAGAAAAUAUUAACUUUAUUUCUUAAGAUUUACUUUAACUUUUCAAGACAGGAUAUUCAAGUUCAACAUUUUUGAGUUGUCAAAAGAGAAAAAAAAAAUUUGCUGUAUGCCGUAUAGCCGUCGC